AACAUACAAGAGGCAAAAAUAUCUAUCAAAAAUGAUCGAGUAGAGCGGAUUGGUGUAAAUCGUUAUUCUCUAUUUGGAUUAGACGAGCCGACGCCACGGGUUUUGGAUGCAAAGAAUGAAGAUGGACCCACCCACAGAGACGACGGGAGAUAUCGAGAUGAAGAAUCGUGAAACGAUGGUUGGAGACCAAAAACCACUCCACCGCUUCCUUAACGGAGAACCCAAAUGUCUUGGGAUUGCAGUGCUGUUCCUUGGCUGUGGAGAGCUGCUCUUGGGGAUUCCAUUGGCCACAGUAGGCGACAGCUCUGCUUUGCUGUACGUCCCUUUCUGGCUAGGAGCCCUGUUUGUCAUUUCAGGAAAUCUGUCCAUCUAUACAGAAGGUCAUCCUUCAAAAAAAAUGGUAACAGUGUGCUUGUCCAUGUAUGUGGUCACCUUGCUGGGGAUUUUUGUCUCCAUGUGCUCCAGACUGGCAUUGCACCCACGGUUAUAUUUCUCAGCAGAUGAAGAGAAAGCUCUAACCGGGCAAGUUCUGACUGCAGAGAGUGUGCUGCUCAUUUUGUCUCUCUGCGUCUGUCCAGUUUUGAUCUUCCUUGCCUGUCGGGCUCGAGCAGCUCUGAAAUCCACAAAGACUCGGGUUCUCAUCCAGCAGCAUUUGCCUUCAAGAGAGUGAAACAAUGAGCAUAAAUCUCUUUUGGAUGUCAAAUUACAGUUUAAUGAGACUUUCUUGAUAUAACAUACAUUUCUUCCCUCCGUAUGCACAGCAUUAUACAGCCAUGGCUCUGAUUAUAUCUGCUUUCCACUGUUAUCAUCACACUUUUCACUUGCAUAUCUGCUUUACCAGGCACACAACUUUCUGUUUCAUAUAAAACAUACAAGAGUUGUACCCAUUAAAUAUUAUUUUGAAGCAAUCCUACAUGUACAAUGUAUUUUUAUUGUCAAUAACCUUACACUUUCAAUAAACUUAAUAAACUCAAUAAA